CAGUGCAGGUGGUCCCGGUGGUGAUGGGCACACUGGGUGCCGUGCCAAAAGAUCUCAGCCGGCAUUUGGAAACAAUAGACAUUGACAAAAUUACGAUCUGCCAACUGCAAAAGGCCACCCGACUGGGGAUCUGCACACAUCAUCCGAAAAUACAUCACACAGUCCUAGACACUUGGGAAGUGUUCGACUUGGGAUUUUGUGUUAUGAAAUCCAGCAUAUCUAUCUUCUUUGCUGUGUCAUAUUUAAUAAUAAUAAUAAUAAUAAUAAUAAUAAUAAUAAUAAUAAUAAUAAUAAUAAUACAGUAGAGUCUCACUAAUCCAAGCGUCGCUUAUCCAAGCCUCUGGAUAAUCUAAGCCAUUUUUGUAGUCAAUGUUUCCAAUAUAUUGUGAUAUUUUGGUGCUAAAUUCGUAAAUACAGUAAUUACAACAUAACAUUACUGCGUAUUGAACUACUUUUUCUGUCAAAUUUGUUGUAUAACAUGAAGUUUUGGUGCUUAAUUUGUAAAAUCAUAACCUAAUUUGAUGUUUAAUAGGCUUUUCCUUGAUCAGUCCUUAUAAUCCAAGAUAUUCGCUUAUCCAAGCUUCUGCCAGCCCGUUUAGCUUGGAUUAGUGAGACUCUACUGUAAUAAUAAUGUGAUCCAAUACAACAGCCAGCAGAAAAGGAGAGGCCUUUCGGAUAAAGAGGGAGAAGGCCAAGCGUAGCCCCGACUCCAUGUUGUCCAGAUGCUUGGGAUAUUCAAGACAAUGAUAUCCAACACUGCACAACAAGUGCCACUUGACACUGGUUUAACGGCGACGGAACGCAAGGAGUUGUAGUUUUGCAAGGUCUUCCUCUUGCCUUGCCAAACUACAACUCCCGUGAUCCCAUAGCCUUGAGCCAUUCUGGUGAAAACAGGGCCAAGCUGCAUUCGUUCCCUAAAUGAGCACCGUUGCAUGCUUUCUAAUGUGGAAAACAAGACUUCCAAGCCAUGCAAGCAAUAUCCCAGUGUCUGGUCAAGAUGAUAAACGUUAUCAAUGAGAAAUAAUAGGCAAGAUAGAAGAUACAGGAGUUUGUUUACAUAUGCAUGAGCCGACUGGGAAGGACAAGGUUGGGGCAAACGUUCCAGUUUUGGACAAGAGGAUAUUACAGUAGAGUCUCACUUAUCCAAGUCUCUGGAUUAUCCAAGCCAUUUUUGUAGUCAAAUGUUUUCAAUAUAUCGUGAUAUUUUGGGGCUAAAUUCGUAAAUACAGUAAUUACAACAUAACAUUACUGUGCAUUGAACUGCUUUUUCUGUCAAAUUUGUUGUAUCACAUGAUGUUUUGGUGCUUCAUUUGUAAAAUCAUAAUCUAAUUUGAUGUUUAAUAGGCUUUUCCUUAAUCCUUAUUGUCCAGGGUAUUCGCUUAUCCAAGCUUCUGCCGGCCCGUUUAGCUUGGAUAAAUGGAACUCUACUGUACUUUGUUGAAAAUUAGACCCCAAAAUUAUGAAUUAUGAGAAGCGGCUGCGUUGGGACAUACAGCGCACCUGAUUUGCCUUUUCUACUUUGCCUGUAAUAACUUUUCAUGAAUUUCCUCAGAAUGAUGCCUUACUUCUGACAUCAGGGAAUGAUUCCCCAAAAUAUCAGUCUUGUGGUACAGUAGAGUCUCACUUAUCCAACACUUGCUUAUCCAACAUUCUGGAUUAUCCAACACAUUUUUGUAGUCAAUGUUUUUAAUAUAUCGUGAUAUUUUGGUGCUAAAUUCAUAAAUACAGUAAUUACUACAUAGCAUUACUGCGUAUUGAACUACUUUUUCUGCCAAAUUUGUUGUAUAAUACGAUGUUUUGGUGCUUAAUUUGGAAAAUCAUAACCUGAUUUGAUGUUUAAUAGGCUUCUCCUUAAUACCUCCUUAUUAUCCAACAUAUUCGCUUAUCCAACGUUCUGCUGGCCUGUUUAUGUUGGAUAAGUGAGACUCUACUGUAUGUGGAUUAUCUUCCUCUUUCAUGUCCCCAAACCAGACUCACGAUUGCGACACCUAUUGAUAUGGCCAACACCUUAAGCACCCAUUAUUUCUCUCCAUCCAUUGUAUCAAUCGGAGCUGGGAUAUCAAGACCCAGAUUCUGGAAAGCCAGAUACACUGGGCUUCUGAACGCACGGUUUUAGCGGAGCUGAAAUCACUCAAUCAAAAGCCCAGAUAUUGGUAGACCUUCUCUCACUACGUUGAGUGGGUUUCUUGGGGAUUGCAAUCCGGCACCAAAUGGAAACCCACUCCACCAACAAUGGUUCUGCAUUUCUAUACAAUCCAAUUGGGCCUGUCCUGUUUAAUUAACACAAUAAUGUUUUAUUUCUGAAUAUACCUACAGAGCCUGGAUUGGGGCCAUCCAUUCCCCAGCAUUGCUGUAUCUAAGGCAGAGUGAUUUUCACCUGUUGCCUUUGCAAAUGUUGACCUGAUAUUAAAGGCAUAAAAGCAAAAUCAGUAGGACAAGUGAAAAAAAUGUAAAAUUGCACUUGUUCCUAAGGUUUACCUCCAAUUGUUAAAAUUGUUUGUAACUGACUACUCCUAUGCCUUUUUUGCGUAUCAAAAUGUGGAUGAUUGAGAAACAACAGAGAGAGGAAUUGCGUGGCAAAGCAAGCACUCCAUCUCCCAGCAUCCCUUACUAUUGGCUCUGCUGGGAGAUGCAGUCCACAAUUUGCAUCCAGCUCUAUGGGGCACACCUGGUGACCCAACCCAACUCAUCCCACCUUCAUGUAUAUAAACCUGGAGUAGCUCUCCAUCCAAUGAAGCAUUGUUUUGUUGGGGAAGGAAAGGCUAGAAGCAACAAGCAAUGUGCAGAUGCCGCCAAAGCAACUUCCAGCUUUGAUAGAGAUAUUUUACUGCCUUUGGAUUUUGUAAAAUAAGAGUUUUUAACUGUUUCUUUCCAGGUGCCUCCAGGUUACAGCAGCCUUUUCCCUUCCAGUGGCAUCACCGUACCGUAGACUCUUUUAGCAUCAGCACUUAAAGGAAAACGAUGAAAGACGAAAUUGCUGUCACCGUGUGUUUUAUCAUGCGCCUGGUGAAGAGGCACAACAAGCUGAGCAGGCAGCAGGUGGAGGUCUUUGCGUCCAAGCUGAUGACGGUCCUGGUUGAGAAGUACAAGAACCACUGGUAUCCUGACAACCCGUCAAAAGGACAAGCCUAUCGGUGCAUCCGGAUCAACAGAUUCUCGCCAACAGAUCCCUUACUGGUUCAGGCCUGUGCAGAGAGCUAUAUAGAUUUCAACAGCCUUGGCCUUCCAAAGGAGAUGACCAUCUGGGUCAACCCGUUCAAUGUAUCCUGCAGAUAUGGCGAGAACAACCCGCCGUUCACAGUAGCUCAGUUUGAAGCGAACGAAGAGGGUCACACCAUCUCUCAGCGCAUCCGGCAGACGGUGGACAAGGCCUCUGACUCCGGAUCGAACCCCUCUUCCGACGAGGAGCCCAAGAGCAUCCCGAUUGUUAGUAACCCCAACAGCGUCUACCAGUGCGGCGAACCCUUCCAAGCCUGGUCCCAAUACGCUCGCCGGAAAGCCCAGGCCCCCGACGGCGUCCUCCAGAAUCCUGCCGGCUCCUACUACUUUCAGUACAAGGCUUACAGGGCUUGCCGGCCGCUGGGCCCUUUCGCUGGCCCACGCGUGGACCGGUACCACUGGGUUAAUGGCAACCGGUAACGCCGGGACUGUGUCUUCCCCACUUCUUAGUGCCGCACGGAGUGAAGCCGUCUCCGCACCACCGACCCCACGGAGGCCGGGAAACCCCCCGAAGAGGAGCCCCUUCCGGCACUUCACUCCUGCGGACACGGACCUCGCUUCUUCUGUCCGCCGUUCCCCUUUUAUAUCCGUCUUUCCUUUUGUCUUUGUGGCCUUUUAAAAAUAUCCACUUGGCGAGGACACAUUUUUAAAGAAAGGAUGUUUUAAAUGUGUGUUUACGACGAAAAUUAAAGAUUGCACUUCACUAUGGAGAACGUAAAAAGGAAACCGAAUGACUAAUAAAAUGUGAGUUUUUAAAAACAACCGUCUCGGCUUCUUGAUCAAGGGAAGAAAUAACCAAAACAACAGCUCUUAACAUAGCAUCGGAGUGUGGAGGGGAGAUAAUACAUUUCACAAUAUGGAUUCUAUUAGUGGUAUUUUGCCAGAUCUUUAUUUGUCAACUGCUUAGGAAAAUGCAAGUUGUGCUACAAGGGUUCAUAAAUACCAUUGUCACAUUUUCAUCUAAUUUGACAUUACUACUGACCGAGAGGUCAUGAGUUCGAAGCCCGGGUCAGAGUAAGCUCCCGACCUUUAAUAGUCUUGCUGUUAACCUAUGCAGCUCUAAAGACAGUUGCAUCUGUUGAGUAGGAAAUUUAGGUACCGCUUUAUGCGAGGAGGCUAAUUUAACAAAUUUACGACACCAUAAAAACUUCCAGCAGCAUGCAGAAAGGAAUGAGGAAGUACUCCAUCAAGGACUCGUGUGGUCGGAAUCGAGCAUACCCUCAUGAAGUCAAUGGGACCCCAACCCACUUUACUUCAUAGCCGGAAGGGAAAACACUUGCACCCGGUUUCUUCAAUCUCAGAUUUCCAAAUAAAGAUGAGUUAGGAAUUGCAUGUCACUCCAGACAUUGCUGGACUGAAGAUCCCAGCAUCCCCUAACCAACAUGGCCAAGGAUGAGGCAUGCUGUAGUCUGCAUAUCUCUGCAUUACAAUCAAUCUAGAUUUAUUAAAAGCGAAUGAGAGCCAACAUCCAUCCGGCUUUCUCCCUGGACAAUAUUAUUACAUGAAGUGACAUUUUGCCUGAUUCUGUUUCAGAAUUGUCACACAUACCUUACGCCGAUGAGAGGCCUCAGGAAUCUCAAGACGACGAUGCCGUAUUGAUAGAUGACAAAUUCUUUUGCGGAAAGGCUUGAUGGGACCAGAGGCACAAGACUCUCCCCAGAUUUUGGAAUCAUUUGAAAGUCCAUUAUAUCCCGGAAAGAAGUGCCCUUAUCUGUAGAAAAACGACACUUUGAGUGCAUCUACUCUGUAGAUUUUGGGUAGUUUGAUGCCUCUGUGACAAUAAAUAUUAGUUGAGAAGUUUGUGACAGAUAAUAUGGGGAGAUUUUGGACACAAAGAAUACAUUAGCUGAAUAUAUCAUAGCCAAUAUUGCAAAGGUCCAGUUCUAUCUAAUGCAGUUGCAUUUGAGUCCUUUCACAAAGAACUUGUCCAUGGUGCUGAAUUCAAAUUCUUGCAUAUUAGAAAAUGACCACAAAUGGAAAGCGGUGGUUACCAUAUUCUUCGUGUUGGUUAUCUAGAAGUCCAGCUGCUGAGGCACACUUUCGGAUCUGGCAAUUGACUUCAUUCAGAAGAGCAAGGAUUUGGGAAGAUGGCUUUCCGUCGGCUUCGCUCCCAUCUGCACAAAAUAGAACAAAGGGAAAAUGCUAGUGGAUUUAUUGGCUUUGUUUAGUUACUUAGUCAAGGCCUGUGUUAGGAUGAGUUUUGGUAUGCAUGCAAGUAUUUAAUCUGUUGGAAAACUCAGGUGCAAGGUCAGAUAAUAAGACAAGAUUUUUGGAAAAUCUUACCAGACAGGAGUGGUCUGAACCGAGGGUUCAAGAGGAAGAGCCGCAACAUCACCAGAAGUUCGGUCUGCUUCAGGAUCUUGACAUCUGUGAGGGAACAGCAUUCAUCUGAUAUUACUUUCCUCCAAGGUGAAGAAUCACAAAGGCACUAAUAUUGCACCCAUUCUACUUGUGUGAACCCAUAGGUAUAAUGAAAGAGAUGAGUAAGAGUCCACCGUAAGCUGUUUCCUUAACUCAUAACUGAGGAACUUCGAGUUCUUCUAACAUUUUGGGAUCAAAGCUCCCAUAGUAUUGCUGACCAUGUUGGUUCGGCAAGGCUUUUGGGCACAGAAGUCCCAAAGAUCUGGACAUGCAAAGCUGACUAAUAAUAAUAAUAAUAAUAAUAAUAAUAAUAAUAACAACAACAACAACUUUAUUUUUAUACCCCUCCCCAUCUCCCCGAAGGGACUCGGGGCGGCUUACAUGGGGCCUUGCCCGAUAAAACAAUCAAAUAUCAAAACACAGCAAUAAAACAGUUAUGCAAUCAAAACAUCAAUUACAGUAAAAACAAUCGUUAAAAUCAACAUAAAACAUACGAUGUUAACACUGGAGACUAAUUCAUAGAACCCAGGCAAAGUGCAACAUGUGCCGAAAUGGGCCGAAAUGGGGAAGGUAAUUCCCUAUCAUUACCUUUGUCGCACCUCAGAUUAGCUUCACCUUGCUGAAUGCACCAAACUGCACACAGGUUGAAGUCGUUUUAAUUUAUUAGAAAAUAGAAGCUAAAAAGUUCUUUAAAAACAAAAGUAAAGUUCCAAAAGAUCGUUACAAAAUAAAUCCUUAGAGCACAAUUCAAGAAAUCACCAGAAAUAAACCAAGUCCCAAUAAAGCAUGACAAAGUCCCAAGAACAUGAAAACAAGAGCUGCAAGAUAAUCCAGGAAAAUGAGAGCUUGCUUCUUGGUUGAACGAAAAGUUGCUUUGACAAAGAUUUGUCUCCAAACACAUUGCUUUAAUACCCUUUGCAAAACAUGAAAGCAUUUCUCUGGCCUCUAACCUCCCUUUUGUUUGCAAUUCUCACACUCCUCCGAACCCUGAAUUCCAAAUGGUCAGCUCGAUCUAGGGAAACUGUUUUGUCAAGGUCAGCCUGCUCGUUAGUUUGCUGAGCCUCGUUAUCAGACUGAGAACUGUCCUCCUUUUCCAAGUCAAUUUGCACCUGGCUAGUUUCAGUAUCAUCAACAUCAUUCCUUGCUGUGGGAAAAUGAACUUGCACUCUCUGUUCCUCAUCUUCUACAACAGGGACAUUUUGAACCUGAUUGUGAACCUGAAUCCCAUCAUCCUCAUCAGAGUCAAUCUGAGGUUCCAGCUGAGUCACAACAACCUUCACCUCUGAAUCAUUUCAUCCCAAUCCGGCUAAAUUUAUGGAAAUUAUAUUUCCUGUUCCGGUAAAGAAACUUGGUUGGUUUAGGAGAGCUUCUCAAAAUGGAAUGGUGCAUCGAGGAAAAGUCUGCAUGGGAUCAUGGAUUUGGAAGUGGUCCAAAGAGGAUCCAAGUGCAGAAAUUUAAACCUCAUACCAUCGAAAACAUCUCCCUAAAGUAUAGUCACUCUAUUACAUCAUCUGCCAUCAUGGAGUAUCACCUUGUAGACUCAAAGUAUCAACAGAAGACAUAGGGACCAUGAAUCAAUGUUUGAUGAGAAGCCAAGAAGCCCAUCUUAGCUCUCUAUUAAGUGUCAAUCAAGACCUACAUUCAGUCAAGAGAGAGAAGACUUUGUCCUCCUCAACCAGGUUGGGUUGCUGUCGUUCUUGUGGAGAUCCAGAAGCUGGAGGACCUCCGUCCUGUGGAUGGGAGCGUCUCCUUCUUUCUUUCUCCAUCCUCUCUCUACGUUUGUGCAUCUCUUGCUGGAAAACCUUGUCUAAGAAAGUCACAGUCUCGUCAUGUUCUCUCAGCAGGUUCUACCAAGGAGGAGAUGUAGGGUCAACAUCUGGACCUCAUCUAUGUUCCCUUCUAAGGAUUUCCUUAGCUCUUGGUCACCUUCCUCACCUGUUUUGACCAUUUCUUGAGUUCUCCUUUUUCCAACUGAUCUUGGAGUCUUGCUUUCUCCUCUGAUAUCUGGCCCCUGUACGUUUCCUCCAGCUCGACCAACCAGGUUUGUUGGAAACUCUGCCAUCUCUCCUUUCCUUCUCGCUUAUGAUCUUUUUCUAACAGGGGCCUUUCACUCUGCAUGGGGAGACAAGGCAUUCUGGUUAGUUUAUUAUAAAAGUCAGUGCAAAGUAUGAGUGCAAAGGAAUGCCAAAUGCUGUAUAUUUCAGAGGUAAGAAGGAAACCUCUUGCCAUCCUACCUGGAGAUCAUUGGGAUUCUUUGAACGACCUUCUUGUGUUCUGGGGCUCUUUAGGGAAGUUCUCAGAUUCUCCUCCAGCUCCUUCGUUUUGCGUUGCCUGAACUCUUGAAGUUCUCUGACCAUUUGGUCUGCCUCUUCCAGAUGCUAUAGGUCCAAGUCCAGAUUGGAAGAGAUAGAAAGGAGUGUAAGGAAGAUGAAGUAUGAAAAAGAAGGCAUGGAUACCUAAAGUAGGGCUGAAAGGCUUCACAUUCUACAGUUGGUCUUCCAUAUUGGCAGAUUUAACCUUGGUAGAUUUGAGUAUUUAUGCACUUAUGUUCUCUCUAGGAAUCUCUAGGUGUUCUAGUGCGUCUGACCAUAAAGUCAUGUUGGAGGACCCAGAGCAGUGGUGCCUAACCAUUGGUCCUCCAGGUGUUUUGGACAUCAGCUUCCAGAAUUCCUUCCCAUUGGAAAAGCCCAUGGCUUCUGGGAAUUGGAGUCCAAACACAUGGAAGACUAAAGAUUGGACACCACUGAGAUUCCUUAGGAGAAGACUUUUGGGCAUUUUUAGCUCUUCCCAUGUGAUUCUAUGGUCAAGUUCAGCAUCAAUAAGGCCAGAACUCUACAAAUGCUUCCAGGUUUCAUCAGGAUCUCCAGCUUCUUCUGAACUAUGAAUGGAACUGCUAGAAAUUGGAUCUACUCUAGCUUGGAAAAACUGGUCCUUCCCUUAACUCAGUGGUUCUCAGACUGUGGGUCCCCAGAUGUUUUGGCCUUCAAUUCCCAGUAAUCCUAACAGUUGGUAAACUGGCUGAGAUUUCUGGGAGUUGUAGGCCAAAACACUUGGGGAUCCACAGGUUGAGAACCACUGCCUUAACUGGACAUGACCUGGGCCCAUAACCACUUGAUUAAUUUGUAUCUGGAGCUACCUGGUCUGAAGAAUGAGCUUUCAGUUUCUGGACCAUCUCCUGAAACUGCCUCUCUCUCAACUGGAGCAUCUGGGACGCUUGCAGCAACUGAAGCACAGAGUAGACAUAGUCCUUCUUCUCCUUCAACAGGUGGACAACUGCUUUUGUAUUUUGAUCCACCAAUGGGUCCUGGGACACAAGAAAGCCAGGGUUCAAAACGGCAGCCUUCUGAGACCUCUGUAAUAUCUAUAAGGCCACAAAUGUCCUUACAUCCAGGGCCAAGUCUUCCACGGAGCUCCCAUCGCCUUGAGUCUUUAGUCCGGUUUCCUGGAGCUCAAGGUUGGCUUCCAACACCAGAACGGCUUGCCUCAAGUGCCGGCGACUCAGAAGGAAACACACAAUGAAAUGGGCAGAGAGGCUUGUGUUGGGUUUCAUGGCUUCCAAGACGAUUUCUGUUUCUUUGGCUUCCAACUACACAUGGAAAAAGAGAAAAAUACAAGGAUUUUAGAAAUCAAUCCAUUUCCUGGAUGGAUUUACACCAGGAAUCCCAUCUUCCCCAGUCUGAAGACACAUGUAUUUUAGAGUUGGAGGAAUUGACACAAGAUGGCCCAUAAUGGAUAAGGGAAAGCUUAUAUGGAAAGGCAGUGUGGUAUAGCAGUGAGAGAAACUAGACAUUGCAAGCUCCUCAUGAAUCCCAGGGAUUGGGAGAACUAUGUAUCCCGCUGUAUUAACUCCUGUUUUAUUGUUUUACUGUGUUUUAUUUUUUGUAUAUUGUGCAAUGUAUUUAUGCUGUUGUUUUUGUAAAUUAUGCUGGUCGGGCCGCCCCGAGUCCCCGUGGGGAGAUGGUGGUGGGGUAUAAAUAAAGUUUUAUUAUUAUUAA